AUGACAGACGACAACCCUGCCAUAGUCAUUGAUAACGGCUCCGGAAUGUGCAAGGCAGGCUUUGCUGGGGACGAUGCGCCACGUGCUGUGUUCCCCACAGUAGUCGGUCGCCCGAAACGUGAGACUGUGCUUGUGGGCUCCACCCACAAGGAGGAGUACAUAGGAGACGAGGCCCUAGCAAAGCGUGGGGUGCUGAAGCUCUCCUACCCGAUAGAGCAUGGACAGAUAAAGGACUGGGACAUGAUGGAGAAGGUGUGGCACCAUUGCUACUUCAAUGAGCUGCGAGCACAGCCUUCGGACCAUGCCGUACUCCUUACCGAGGCUCCAAAGAACCCAAAGGCUAACCGAGAAAAGAUUUGCCAGAUCAUGUUCGAGACAUUUGCCGUACCUGCCUUCUAUGUCCAGGUACAGGCAGUCCUGGCUCUCUACAGUUCCGGGCGCACCACCGGGAUUGUUAUCGAUACAGGCGACGGGGUGACGCAUACUGUUCCUGUGUACGAAGGAUAUUCUCUACCACAUGCAGUUCUCCGUUCUGAGAUUGCGGGCAAGGAGCUUACAGACUUCUGCCAAAUCAACCUACAGGAGAACGGCGCAUCGUUUACCACGAGCGCAGAGUUUGAGAUAGUGCGUGAUAUAAAAGAGAAGCUCUGCUUCGUUGCCCUUGAUUAUGAGUCCGUUUUGGCUGCCUCCAUGGAGAGUGCCAACUACACAAAAACAUAUGAGCUGCCAGAUGGGGUCGUCAUUACCGUGAACCAGGCCCGCUUCAAGACCCCUGAGCUCCUCUUCAGGCCGGAGCUCAACAAUAGCGACAUGGACGGCAUUCACCAGCUAUGUUACAAGACCAUUCAGAAGUGUGACAUUGAUAUUAGGUCAGAGCUUUAUAGUAACGUGGUCCUGAGCGGCGGGAGCAGCAUGUUUGCAGGCCUCCCCGAGAGACUGGAGAAGGAGCUUCUUGACCUCAUUCCAGCCGGGAAGCGUGUGCGCAUAAGUAGUCCCGAGGACAGAAAGUACUCUGCCUGGGUUGGUGGAAGCGUAUUGGGGAGCCUGGCAACCUUCGAGUCUAUGUGGGUAAGCUCUCAAGAAUAUCAAGAGAAUGGCGCUUCCAUUGCAAACCGUAAGUGUAUGUGA